AUGGACCUUGAAUCGUCCGGUUUGACGCCCAUUGACGUUGCCUUUUUGCAGUCUGUCAUGAUGAAUGCUCAUCUACCUAAAUCUGUUGAAACUGAAGUCUACCUCAUUACAUCAUCAGAAGAUGAGUUCAUAAGAUGUUAUCUGGACAAAAUGGAGGAAAAUAAGGAAGGCAGGUUCCAGCGAUCUAAAAGAGCUGAAAGUCUAUCCUUGAAGACAUUCUUGUGUGAAAGACAUGAGAAACCCAGAGGCAAGUCUCAGGGCAAUCCCAGCAAAACUCGAGCCAAUUCCUGCAAAUCUUAUGUUUCAUUUAAAUUCACUGGAGAUGGUAUCAGAAAGGCAUGUUUAGUGCGUAAAAAUACCAAACACAGCGGGCAUUGUUUGGAUAAUCGGCAGGAAUGGAAAGUCAACCGAAUUCAUCCCAAUCUGAUUGAGUUCAUUAAAAAACUGAGCAAAGAAGGACUCAAAAAGGAGGAAAUUGUUACAAGGGUCAAGAACUGGUCUUUGAAGAACCAGGUUGCUGAUUGCAUAGAUCGCCGAUUCUAUCCAACAUCACAGGACAUUCGCUACUUAAUGACAAGGGUUCCAAGGAAGGAAAAAACUCAUGAAGCAGAAGCAAGUAUAGCAACCAUAUCCAAAAUGGAGUCACAGAAAGAUGAAGAUUCUAGAAAUGUGGACAGCAAUUCUGAAGCUUCAGAGAAGACUUUUGGAGUUGGAAUGAAAUGGCAAAGUGAAGAUGCAGAUGCCUUCACAUACAUAAUCCUGAAGAAGCAAAUAUGUCUUUCACACAGACAUGAGGAGGAAUUAGGUGUUCCUGAAAAUUUAGCCUCAUCACAAGAAACAGAAAAAGAACCAAAUAUAAAGACGGCAUGUCCAUCAAUGAAUCCUGGAGAAGAACCAACUACUUCAACUCAGGAUCUAAUGUCAUCAUCUUUGGCAGCUAUUCCCCAAACAUCAACUUCAAAUAUCUUUGCAUUAAAAACCCAAACAUCCCUGGAUGAUGUGCCAACACCUCCAUCUCCUGAUAUUCUCUUAUCCCUUACUCCUCAACAAAUUCUUCCAUCAUUGACUAGCACACUAAUCUCAAACAAAGAUCCAAAUAUCUUACCCCUAUCGUCCUCUCCCAAAACCCUGGCUUCUACACAUGCACAAACACAACAGACCCUUAAUCAAGAAGCAGCAAAAGGUGAAAUUCCAUUUUUUUCAGAAUCAGCUCAAUCUACAAAUGAGAUUCCUGAACCAGUAACAGAGAUUAAUGCCACUUCCACAGAAACGGCUUCCAGUCAGAUAUUACUUCCACGGUUUGUAGAAAUAACUUCCCCAAUGAAGUUGAUCUCAUCCAAUUCAGACAAUGGUCAAUUAAUAGCCCCAAAAAGAUUUUCUACAUCCAAUAUGAUAGCCACUAAUUUCACUAAUGCUCCAGCAUCAAUAACUAUGACCACUGAGGACACACUGCCCAUCUCUCUUGCUGAGAUCUCUCCUUCAACUGUGACCAUUUCACUCUCCAAGGGAGACUCUUCUCUUUCCACUGUUGGCCUUACUCUAUCCUCGGACGGCCUGCUUCUCACUGCUGAUGGAUUACCAUUCACCACAGAUAGCAUUCUUACCACAAACCAAGAAAUAGAAGCUUCAGAAAAGUUCACAGAAGAGAUUUCUUCUACAACUCCAUUACCAAUUUACACCUUACAUUAUAAUAGUCUGAGAGAUGAUUCUGAACAACCUUUGAAGAAAAGAAAAGUCUUAGGUCAAAUAAGACCAAGAUCAGACAAGCAGAGAAAGAAGGCUUCUCCAGUUUCAAAUAACAACUUUCAUACACAACUCAAAAGUACCAAUGUCUCUGGGAAGAAAGUUUUUAGUUACACAACUCCUCUGCUAUUAUACAACAUCAGUCAAGGUCGCUUGCACCGACUUAGCAUUACAGAGGAUGAGAUGAAGAGACGAACAAAUCCACCAGAGAAAUUAAACUUACGUGCUCUUCAGGCAUUGUUACAGACACACAAGAAAAAACAAUGGAAACAAAACCUUAAAAAUAAAAUGUUGGAUUCUUCAAUUACUGUAAACGAAGGACAGUCUGGUUAUCUGACUGCUUUCACACGACUUUCGGAAGAAGAAGCUUCCCAUUUGGAAUUUGAACUUCUGAAAAUGGUUGCCAACCCAAACCAUGUAAAAAUCAAUAGCAUUGUCAAAGAAUUAGUUACAGAGGCUAUCCCCAGUAUUGAAAAAGACCAGGAAAUUCAAGCUAAAAAUUAUCUUAAAAAUUUGCAGGUGACACGUCGUACUUUGGACGAAAUCUACAAGAAAUUUGUGUUACAUUCCGAGAACUUCUCCCUCAUCACCCAUACGUUUGGCACUUCUUGUAUGGGAGUGAUGAAAUCGGUUUUUGAUGACAUCCUUGAAAAAACAAUGCAACGGACGAUGGAAGAGAUUGGGAACGCUUAG